AGACCUAGGUUUAACUUCUAUGAUGGCCCUCCAUUUGCUACUGGGCUUCCACACUAUGGCCAUAUUCUUGCAGGAACCAUUAAAGACAUAGUAACCAGAUUUGCUCAUCAGAGUGGAUAUCAUGUUGACAGAAGAUUUGGCUGGGAUUGCCAUGGCUUACCUGUGGAAUAUGAGAUUGACAAGACCUUAGGCAUUAAAGGGCCAGAGGAUGUGGCGAAGAUGGGGAUUAAAGAAUACAACAACCAGUGCAGAGGGAUUGUGAUGAGAUACUCAAAGGAAUGGGAGUUCAGUGUUACCAGAUUAGGACGCUGGAUUGAUUUUGAAAAUGACUAUAAAACUCUUUAUCCUGCGUUCAUGGAGUCUGUGUGGUGGGUUUUCAAGCAGCUGUAUGACAAAGGACUGGUGUAUAGAGGUGUUAAGGUCAUGCCUUUUUCAACUGCAUGCAACACUCCACUGUCAAACUUUGAGUCCCAUCAGAAUUACAAGGACGUUCAAGAUCCUUCGGUGAUUGUGAGUUUCCCACUGGAUGAAGAUGCAAGUGUUUCUCUUGUUGCUUGGACCACUACUCCUUGGACCUUGCCUAGUAAUUUGGCCCUUUGCGUUAAUCCAGAAUUGCAAUAUGUAAAAUUGAGAGAUAAUGCCACAGAGAAGAUUUACAUUUUGAUGGAAUCCAGGCUGAUAGUACUGUACAAAUCUGACAGUGAAUAUGAGAUACUUGACAGGUUUCCUGGCAUUGCUCUUAAAGGCAAGAAAUAUAAACCACUCUUUGAAUAUUUUAUGCAGUGCAAAGAUAAAGGUGCCUUUGCUGUGGUAGUAGACAGUUAUGUGAAGGAGGAGGAAGGCACAGGUGUUGUACAUCAGGCCCCCUAUUUUGGUGCUGAUGAUUACAGAGUCUGCAUGGAUUUUAAUAUUAUUCAGAAAGAUUCUGUACCUGUUUGUCCGGUUGAUGCGUCGGGCUGCUUCACAGCAGAAGUGACUGACUUUGCUGGACAGUAUGUGAAGGAUGCAGAUAAGAACAUCAUUAAAUUACUGAAAGAGAAAGGCAGACUGGUUCACAGCAGUAGUUUUAAGCACAGCUAUCCUUUCUGCUGGAGGUCAGAUACUCCAUUGAUAUACAAAGCUGUGCCAAGCUGGUUUGUAAGAGUGGAGCACAUGGUGGAGAAGCUACUGGAGAAUAAUGCCCAAUGCUACUGGGUUCCGGAUUUUGUGAGGGAGAAGCGUUUUGGGAACUGGCUUAAAGAGGCACGAGAUUGGGCUAUAUCUAGAAACCGGUACUGGGGAACACCCAUCCCUUUGUGGGUCAGCAAUGAUUUUGAAGAGGUAGUUUGUAUUGGUUCGAUGGCAGAAUUGGAAGAGCUGUCUGGAGUGAAAGUCACUGAUCUCCAUCGAGAAAGUAUUGAUCACCUAACUAUCCCUUCACACUGUGGCAAGGGCUUACUGCACCGGGUCCCUGAGGUUUUUGAUUGCUGGUUUGAGAGUGGAAGCAUGCCUUAUGCACAAGUCCAUUAUCCAUUUGAAAACAAAAGAGAACUUGAAGAUGCUUUCCCUGCUGACUUCAUUGCUGAAGGCAUUGACCAAACAAGAGGAUGGUUCUACACUUUGCUGGUGCUGUCCACUGCUCUUUUUGGAAGGCCUCCUUUCAAGAAUGUAAUUGUGAAUGGCCUUGUUCUUGCCAGUGAUGGCCAAAAAAUGAGCAAAAGGAAGAAGAAUUACCCUGAUCCAAUGAGUAUUGUCAAUAGUUAUGGAGCUGAUGCACUAAGGUUAUACCUGAUCAAUUCUCCUGUGGUAAGAGCAGAAAAUCUGAGAUUUAAGGAGGAAGGAGUAAGGGAUAUACUGAAGGAUGUCUUCCUGCCCUGGUACAAUGCGUAUCGCUUUCUGGUUCAGAAUGUUCAGAUCCUGCAACAUAAGGAUGAGGGAAGAGAAUUCCUUUACAAUGAGAACACAGUUAAGGAGAGCAAUAACAUCAUGGAUAAAUGGAUUCUUUCUUUCACCCAGUCACUCAUUCAGUUCUUCAAAGCUGAAAUGGCAGCUUACAGGCUGUACACUGUAGUCCCUCGAUUAGUGAAGUUUGUUGAUAUUCUGACCAACUGGUAUGUUAGAAUGAAUCGCAGAAGACUAAAGGGCGAGAAUGGGACUGAAGACUGCAUUAUGGCCUUGGAAACCUUGUUUAGUGUUUUGUUCUCCAUGUGCAGACUUAUGGCACCAUAUACUCCAUUUAUCACUGAGCUGAUGUACCAGAAUUUGAAGACACUUAUUGAUCCAGCCUCAGUUCAGGAAAAGAAUACUGAAAGCAUCCACUACCUCAUGCUUCCUCAAGUGAGGGAGGAUCUCAUCGACAACAAAAUUGAAAGUGCCGUUUCUUGUUUGCAGUCUGUUAUUGAGCUUGGACGAGUAAUCAGAGACAGAAAAACCAUUCCAGUAAAGUAUCCUUUGAAGGAAGUAGUUGUUAUCCAUCAGGAUCCAGAGGCUCUGGAAAACGUCAGAUCUUUAGAGAAGUACAUACUCGAGGAGCUUAAUGUACGUCAAGUGACAUUAUCUACUAAUAAAGAUAAAUACGGAGUCCGGCUGAGAGCAGAACCUGAUCACAUGGUGCUUGGGAAGCGUUUGAAAGGCACAUUUAAGCUUGUCAUGGCUGCAAUCAAAGAGCUGAAGAGUGAGCAGCUAGAGGAAUUCCAGGAAACAGGCACCAUUGUUGUAGAAGGACAUGAACUCCAUGGGGAAGAUCUCCGUCUCAUGUAUACCUUUGAUCAGAUUGCAGGAGGGUCUGCCCAGUUUGAGGCACAUUCUGAUGCCCAGGUUUUAGUUCUGCUAGAUGUUACCCCGGACCAGUCCAUGGUGGAUGAAGGAGUUGCCCGGGAAGUGAUUAAUCGCAUCCAGAAGCUUCGCAAAAAGCGAAACCUGGUUCCUACAGAUAAGAUCACAGUGUACUACAGAUCUCAUCCAGAAGGUGACUACCUGGAUACUGUUAUUAAGGAACACACGGAUUUCAUUUUUGCAACAAUAAAGGCUGCCCUGAAGCCUUACCCGGUGCCUACCUCAGAAGAAGUUCUCAUCCAGGAAACAACCCAACUGAAGGGAUCAGAGCUAGAAAUUACACUCACCCGAGGUGGUUCGUGUCAGUGCGUUGGUCCAGCCUGUGCUUACGUCAACCUCAAAGUUUGUGUUAAUGGGACGGAGCAAGAUGGUGUGUUGCUGCUGGAAAAUCCAAAAGGAGACAAUACGUUGAACUUCACUGGACUUGUAGAUGCUGUCUCCUGCAUUUUUGGUCUUAAAACUUCAAAACUGACAGUUUUUAAUGGACAAACAGAACUGAUAAAUAAAACUGACUUGAUUAGUCUCAGCGGAAAGACCCUUCAUGUGACAACAAAGGGGUCAGCACCUGCUCUGAUCAACUCUACUGAUGCUCUGCUCUGCCAGUAUAUCAACUUGCAGUUAAUGAAUGCAAAACCGCAAGAAUGUCAGAAGGGAACAGUGGGAACUCUUCUAAUGGAAAACCCUGUUGGUCAGAAUGGAUUAACAUACCGAGGUCUUCUACGUGAAACGGCAAAAGUUUUUGGGCUCAGAAGCAGGAGGCUAAAAUUGUUCCUGGAUGAAGCACAAACUCAGGAGAUCACAAAGGACAUCUCCAUGAAGAACUUGAACAUGAAGACUGUGUAUGUUCGUGUUAUACCCACCACAGCUGAAUGUUGAGAAUUCCACUUUUAUGAAUAAGACCACAUCGACUUUUUAAAAAAAAAACAAACAGUGAAAUUAAAUUAGUAUGCUUUUAGAUUAACAUCUAAGUUGUGUAUGGUACUUUUAGCAUCUCAAAUUGUACACAGGAUGUUUUCUACCAGUGCAUGUCUAAAACGCUGCUCUUUGGUUCCAAAUACAACGUAUUUUCAUUAUGUUCAGAAAAAUGUCAGAACUCCUUAGCCUUAGAUAUCUAUGCAGUAAAUUGCCUGAAAGAAAUGGGACUAGUACCUCAGCGAUGCCGUUCUCUUCCUGUCCUUUACGCAGGGGGCAUCUUUGAUUUUCUAAACCAUGGGUUACCUGCAAGGCUGUAUGAUAUAUAUACCAUGUUACAGUAGUGUGUGGCUGUUGAUUUAAAAUACUGCCUAACUUCAAU